AUGAAGUUUAUCGAUGAAUUAGACGUUGAAAGAGUCAAUCAGACUCUUAACUUUGAGACUUCCGACUGUAAGAUUACAGGCGGGUGCGAUAUCUUCACGACGAAGGCUGUGGCCUCCGAUAAAAAGCUGUAUAAAGCGAUAGACCAACAUCUGGAGAUGAUGUUGCAAGAAAAUGAAAGCUACAACCAGGCCGUGCAACAGCAAAAACUGAUAGAGGCAAAUGCCUCGUUGUUGCCUUCACCUUUCUCGUAUGGGAGAAGGGACAGUACUUCAUUUUGGGAACAGAAGAGGAGGAUGUCCAUUACAGACUCUAACAUAAAAAAUCACAUCAACCAGCUGAACUCUACGCUUAUCAAUGGCUUUGGUUCUCCCAGUAGCAGUAACGAGCAGCAGCAGCAGCAGCAGCAGCAGCAACAACAUAGUCCUGUUAUUAAAAGCUCGAAGCUGAAUGAACAAAAUUUAAAGGAACUGGUUAUGAGUGCAGACACAGGUUACAUAAGUUCAUCAUCUGUCGAGUCCAAUUCGACGGGUCGUAAACACAGGACGGGGAAUAGUACGGCACACACCACUAUUAACGACAAUGAGAACCCUCAUACCAAAAAGAAAACCAAGAGAGCCAGUAGUACCAGCAGUCAACACAGCAACAUGAGGACACCUACGAUAAGAAGGUCGUCGUUGAAUGAAACCUCCACAAAGAUAAAUAUUGGGCCAUUUGGCCCAAUUAAUGAGCCCUCUAGCAGGAGAACGUUUGCGUAUCUUAUUGCCAUUCUGAAUGCGUCUUAUCCGGACCACGAUUUCUCAUCCUUAGAACCAAACGAUUUUACCAAGAACUCUUUGAAAGGGUUUGUCUCCAAGUUCGAAAACUCUCUUUACUCGUUGGGGAAGCAGCCAGAAGAAUGGAUUUGGGAGGUGAUAAAUUCACACAUGACAAUGCCAGACUGUGUCGUUUACCAGUAUAGCCCAUCGAAGUCCUUCUUGGAGGACGAGCCCGGUUAUCUUUGGAGCUUAAUGUUUUUUCUGUUCAAUAAGAAGAGAAAGAGGGUUGCAUUCGUUUAUUUGAUUGCCUCUCGAUUGAAAAAGGAAGGCAUUGAAAGAUACUCCUUUUCAACCAACACGAAUAAAAGAACGACUAUCGGUUAUGACGACGAUAUUUUCCAGGGAGAUUAUGAUUUAACGAAUGAUGAGAAUGCAAUUGCAGAUGAUUCCGAAAAUGACUAUCUCUCAGAGUCGGAGUUAGUUUGA